AUGGGACGUGAGGAGCAUGGAGGGACUUGGCACAUGGACGCAGCUCAACUGGAUACGCAAAGGAAGAAGGGAGAAGCCAUCUUGAAGACCAGCUCGACCGUCUACUCGACCAACCGGUCGAGUUCCUCAACUCGACCGGCCAAGCUUCAACUCGAUCGAGCUGAGAAGUUUUACCAAACUCCUAGACCUCUGCAAGUGCACAGAUCGCGGAAGUAUGGGUAUCGAACACAAGGACUGGCUAUUGAGUACACUUUGAAACUAUGGAUUUUGGAUCAAGCUAAAACAAAAGUAUGA